AUGGAGGAGAGCGGUGACAAUGACAGCACGUGGGAGGAGCGACCUCCCAAGACACAGAACCAUCUUAGCCCACUCAACGCCGAAGGCGGAGACGUGGGGUCGCACACACCAGCAGCUAGCGACGGCUAUGCGUCCGAUACCGGCCCCGAGGCUCAUGGUGGUGGAGGCGGUAAAGGCGCGGCGGGAUGCGGUGGCUCCAGCCACGCUAAGGAAAGGAAGAAAGGGAUUCCAUGGACUGAGGAGGAGCACCGGUUGUUCCUGGUGGGGUUGUGCAAGCUGGGGAAGGGCGACUGGCGGGGCAUCGCGCGGAGCUUCGUGGUGACGCGCACGCCCACGCAGGUGGCAUCGCACGCGCAGAAGUACUUCAACCGCCAGACCAACCUCAACAAGCGCAAGCGCCGCUCCAGCCUCUUCGACAUCAACACCGACUCGAUUGCGGAGGAGAGGAUGGAUAUGAUUCGCUCCGUGAGCACGCCCACCCUCCCCCUCGCGCCUGAAGACGCCAAGUGCAGCGCGCGUGCCGCUCCUACCCGCGAUCCACCCAGCCACGCGCAUAACCCCCCCUCGUCCGCGUCAUCGUCCAAGAUUCCGUCCAAUCUCCCGUCAGUCAAGCUACCGUCAGUCACGUUACCGUCAGUCACGGCGUCACCGCCACCUCCAUACGCGCAGCACGCCGCCCUGCUGGACCUCAACCGCUCGCACUCCUACCCCGUGGUCCCUGGCGCCGGGGAUACCCACCUCUCGCGCUCUCUCAGCCGUCCGAUGUCCCUCCCAUCGCUCACUCCCGCGAAUCCCACUGUACAUACUCCCGCGGACGUGUUGUUCUCCCCUGCUGACGUCAUUCAUCCGUGGCGCAUCCCGGGCGUUGCUGAACCAUGGGGGCCCGGUGGGUACCCCGCAGGAGGCCGCACCUGGCCUCCGCAUCAUCCUGCUGGGCCCGCGGCCCGUCCAGAUGCAUUGUAUCCGGCGAUGAUGAUGAUGGAUCCAGCUGUGAGGCACAGGAUGGGGUACGAGAUGCUGCUGCGCAUGGAGGAGGAGAGGAGGCAGCGCGCGCACGCGGUGGCUGCUGCUAAUGCGGAUGCUGAUGUGGAUGUACAGGGCGCUGAGAAGAAGUUUAAGGUGGAGAACGAGGGGGGCACGGGGGUGGAAGGCAGUGUACAUAAAGAGCUUCUGCCUUUCAAAUUUGUCCCUGGUGCCUCUAGAUUGUUUGAAUCAAUGGUUCCCGGUAGUGGUCCUAAUAAGAGUAAGCUGGAGGAGGAAGGCGGUGCGUUCAAGGAGGCAGGAGCGACUGCUGCUGCGCAAGCAGAUGCAGUGCCUAUGAAGCAGUUUCCUCCGCCUUUCUCCCCUCCCCAUGGCUUCUACCCGCCCACCUACCAUUCCUUCCCUGACCCAUCAUUCAUGUACAUGUGGCCUCCCUAUCCUCCUCCUCCGCUCAAUCCUGGUUGCACCUGGCAGCCUCCCUUCCCUGGUAGUCAUUCUAACAGUCCAGCGGGGCCCAGCCGAGUGCUUCGUCCCACGGCCAUGCUGGCCACAUCGCCCCUCCACGUGCCUGUUGCUGUCAAGGAGAGAGCCGAUGGUGUCUCAGAGAAGGGGACGGCUCAUAAGCAAUUCGAGCUGCAAGGAGACUCCGAGUCCGGUUCCAGGGGGGUAAGUGAGGGGCUGAGGUUAGGGUUAGAGGCGUCUUCGAACCUCGGUUCUUCCAAGCCCUUCACAGUGCUCAGUCUCAGUGCUGCUCCAGGCGCAGCUGAUUCUCUACCCCGGAAGACACCUACUACGCUUCAGCUCUUCGAUGUGUCCCGCCCUUCAGCGUUUCAGCUCCAGACUACUUCUUUCAAGGAGAGGUCACAGCCGCGCGGUGCUGGGGGUGUUGGCCAUGCUCCGAUAAGCGACUUCACCCGCCACGUGAGCAUUGAAAACCGGUGGCCUACGUCAAUGACUCGUGUCAGCAGAGUGGAUUUGGAGGACGCCACGUGGCAGCGCGUCCUGCAGUACGACUUCGAGGUGCAACUCGGCGCGCAGCGGAAAGCGUUUUCUCUUUCGGAGCAGCUAAGCCCUCCCGAGUACCUCCUUCCCCACUUGCCGCCUCUCGCCGCGCCCGACGCUGCUAGCAUCGACGAAUCGACGGGAGAAGCAGAAGAGGAACAAGCAAUCGGUGCUUCCGAGGAGAGUAAAAGCGGAGACUCAGGAAAAUCAGGAGCCCAUGCUUCUCCGGACGGGGGUUCUCUUGCGCUGCGAGGCGACUCUCUGUUACAAUCAGUUUCAGGGUCGGUGCUGACGUCAGCGGCGGCGGGGUCACUGCCGCCGGUGACGGUGGAGGGGCCGAUGGAGAUGUGGGUGCAGGACGCGGAGCAAGUGCGCCUCGCCAUGCCGCACGACGUGGAUGCGGGCGAGGUGAGGAAGGUCGUGCUCGCGUCAGGCGCCGCCGUCACGGUGCACGGCGCGCAAGCAGUCGCCUUGGCGCGCCCGCUGCAGCUCCCCCUCCCGUCUCUCUCCCCGCGCUCCCUCUCCGCCUCCUCCGCCUCUUCCGCGCUUCUCGCCCUUGCGGAAAAGCUCAAGGCCGCCGCGCUGUCCUGGACCUCCCCGUCCCGCGCGCCCUCGUCCGCGUCGCCCCUGCCGCGCGAGCUCGUGUCGCUCCGCGUGGUGCGCCCAUCCGCCAUCGUCUCCGCCAGCGUGCCGCUCUCCCCGCUCCCCCCCGCUCGCGACGUCGCUAGCAUCGGCCUGGUGGAGGCUGUUUCUGGGGCGGGUGCGACUGACGACCUCGGGAAUACCGCCUCUAGUACCGCUACUGCCCUUGCACCCGCCAAGCUCAGAGUCAAACGGAUAGCAGAAGGCGCAGUGGAGCUGACGAUAGCGAAGCCGCGAUCGACAUCAGCAGCAGCAGGAAGAAGCGCCCUUUCUUCCCUCGCGGCGGCGCUACCUCUGGCGUCGCUCACAGCCCCCCCCGGGCCAUGGCCGUUCCCAGCAGUGAACCGGUCGGAUGGGCGGCUGACGGCGCUGGGGGAGGCGCUGCAGGGCGCGCUGGGGGAGGUGGUGGCGCAUCAGGGCAGGGGGAAGGGCGGGAAGGACAAGGGGAAGGGCGGGAGUGGUGGUGGUGGUGCGUCUGACGGCUUGCCCCGCGUGUUCCAGCUGGUAAAGGCCAGUGCUUCUGCUGGCCGGGUGGUUCGCAUUCCUCUGCAGGUGGAAUUGCGCGUGGAGGGCGUUGGCCAGUCCAUGCUGCCAAUGGCGCUCAAUAACGAGACUGCUUCAAAAGAGGAUGGAAUGAAGGCAGAAACGGGGGAGGGUGGGAUGAAGGAGGAAGCAGAGAAGCGGAAGGUGGAUGGGAGUGACAGCAGGGAGAAGAAAGGAGGGGCGGGGGGGAAGGAGAAGGGCGGGCAGGAGUCAGUUGUCAUGACUCGUCAGCAGUGGGAGUUGGUAGCGCAGGUGGAUGGCGGCGGUCGGCUGGUUCCCGUGCAUGUGAGACGAGUGGGGUCGGUGGGGCCGUCCAUGGUGGUGGCGCCGCAUGUGCUCUCCCCCAACACCACUGCCUCCCUGCCCAACCUGCCCCCGCCCAGCCGACUCAUGCUUUGA